AUCCAGGAACAUGGCGGCGUCCACGAGCGCGGGAGUGACGCGCCGGCGCGGGCGCUGGGGGCGCGGACCCUGUAGGCAGCGCGGACGCGGGGUACGCCGCGGGCCGGGGGUCGGCACCGAGGGAGCUCUGAAGCGGCUAAAGCUAGCGGUGGAGGAGUUUGUGCAGGCGGCCUCCGAGGGGGAGACCCCCGGCGGCCGCGCGGGGCCCCGGACGGAGGGCCGCGUGCGCCCGGGCGAGAGGAAAAGCCGCAGGGAGCUGAGGAAGGAGAAGCGGCACCUGAAGAAGGCGCGGCGGCUGCAGAGGUCUGCGGGCCCAGUGGGCGGCGGCGGCGGAGGAGCCGGGGCCGCGGGGGACCUGCGGGUGGAGGAGGCGGCGGAGGAAGGCGCCUGGCCGCCCCCUGCUCGGGCCCCGCCUCCGUCGAAGGGGCUGCGACCGCCCCGGGCCCGGGACCCCCGGGCGCGCCCCGAGGCCAGGGCCCCCCCCGCGGGGACCAGGCCCCCCGCAGCCGCAGCCGCAGCCACUGCCGCCGCUCGGAAACGGGCUCUUCUGGCGGCCAACGAGGAGGAGGACCGGGAGAUCCGAAAGCUGGAGCGGUGCCUCGGCUUGAACAAGCGCAAAAGGAAGGGCGACGGCAGCUCCGUGCCGCUGAGCUUUGCCCGCGAUGGGCUCGACUACAUCCUCGGAGCCCUGGAGUCUGGAAAAAAUAAUGGCUUGUAUGAAAGCAGCAGCAGCGGCGAGGAGGAGGAGGAUACCGAGGAGGAUGCGGGACCGACUCUCCCCGAAAGUGACUUAGAGAGUGACACGGAGGACGAGGGGCCGCAGGAGGAUGUGGAAGAGGACGAGAGCAAGCUGGGAACACACAGUGAGGAAGAGGAUGUGAAAGAGGAGAAGCAAAAGAAAGCAGAAGAGGGGGGAGCCACGCGGCAAAGGGACAAAAAGAGAGUCCGCUUUGUAGAAGAAAAGAGCGAACCAUCCUCCUCCGAGGACUCUGACACAGCAGAGCAGCAGAGUUUUUGUGAAAAUGAAGGAAAGUACAUCCCACCUCACGUGAGGCAAGCUGAAGAGACAGCGAGUGGUCAGAAAAAAGAGGGACUGGAAAGACUAAAGAAACACGUCAAAGGUCUCAUUAACAGGUUGAGUGAACCGAGCAUAGCCUCCAUAAGUGGGCAGCUGGAGGAGCUGUACAUGGCCCACAGCAGGAAGGACAUGAACGACACUCUGACGGACAUCCUCAUGAGUGCCUGUGCUCCAGACACCGCCAUGCCCAGCAGGCUGAUGAUGGAGCAUGUGCUCCUGCUCAGUGUUCUUCACCACACAGUUGGGGUGGAGGUCGGUGCUCACUUCUUGGAGGCCGUGGUGAGGAGGUUUGACACCAUCUAUAAGAAUGGAGGAGGAGGGAAAGAGUGUGAGAACCUGCUUACCAUCAUUGCCCAUUUGUAUAACUUCCACGUGGUACAAGCUCGCCUUGUCUUUGACAUUUUGAAAAAACUUAUUGGAACUUUCACAGAAAAAGAUAUUGAGCUGACCCUGUUGAUGCUGAAAAACGUGGGCUUCUCAUUGAGGAAAGAUGAUGCGUUGUCACUUAAGGAACUGAUCAUGGAGGCCCAGGCCAAAGCCAGCGAGGCGGGUGGCAAGUUCCAGGACCAGACCAGGGUUCGGUUCAUGUUAGAGACCAUGUUGGCGCUGAAGAACAAUGACAUGCGUAAAAUUCCAGGCUAUGACCCUGAACCAAUGGAGAAACUCAGGAAGUUACAGAGAGCUUUGGUACGCAGUGCUGGCUCGGGUACUGAAACUCAGCUCCGCAUCUCCUGGGACAGUGUCCUGAACGCCCAGCAGACCGGGCGCUGGUGGAUCGUGGGGUCCGCGUGGAGUGGGGCCCCUAUGAUUGACAACAGCCAGCAGAAGACACUGGAGAAGCACCCCUCGGAGACGGUUAGUAAGAAGAUAUUAGAACUCGCCCGAAAGCAGAGAAUGAACACCGAUGUCAGGAGAAACAUAUUCUGUACAAUAAUGACUAGUGAAGAUUUUUUGGACGCAUUUGAGAAGCUCCUGAAGCUUGGGCUGAAGGACCAACAGGAGAGGGAGAUCGUUCAUGUUCUCAUGGAUUGCUGCCUUCAGGAGAAAACCUACAACCCUUUCUAUGCGUUGCUGGCUGGCAAGUUCUGUGACUACCAGAGGAAGUUCCAGAUGACUGUCCAGUUCAGCAUAUGGGAUAAAUUUCGGGACUUAGAAAAUUUGCCAGCCACUAAUUUCUCUAAUUUGAUUCACUUGGUAGCCUACUUGUUGAAGACAAAAUCACUUCCACUUUCUAUUUUAAAGGUAGUUGAAUUCAGUGAAUUGGAUAAACCCAGAGUCCACUUUUUACGAAAAGUAUUACAUAUUCUGUUAAUGGAAACAGAAGUUGAAGACCUUGGUUCAAUUUUUGCAAGAGUGUCUGACAACCCGAAGCUAGGCUUGUUGAGAGAAGGUCUGAAGCUUUUCAUCAGCCACUUCCUGCUGAAGAGUGUGCAAGUGCACACAAGGGCAGAGGAGGCCAGUGUGCUGAGGGAGAGGGCUGACCUCGCAACAAAGUCUUUGCAAGGCAAAGCUUCCCUGAGAAUGUAGUCUGGAAAAGGAGAAGAAGGGCGUGGUCAUUUGUCUGCAAAUGUCCUUUCUAAACCCAAAAGGCUUGUUACUCUGCUGACCAUGUGCAAAAGCUUGGUUGAGCUAUAUAUGCUACAGUCUUGUAUUUAAGAUACAGUGUUUGAGAUCAUUUUUUAAUUCGAGGUUAUAUUGUGUUUAUGUUUUAAACGAUUUUCACAUAUCUGUAUAUGGAAUGGGGUGAGGAGAAGGCAAGGGGGAAGGACAGGCAGACACGGGACACAUUCUCUUAAGUAAUGAGACUGGGUGGGAUGCGAUCGUUGUAGUCUUCCAUAGACAGACGGUCCACUAGAGGGUGCAGUUAUGUAGAAAUUGAUGCGGUUUUUAUCUUUUGUGUGUAUUGGUUAAAAGUUCCAAAACCGUGAGUUAAAUGUGAUACCUGAUAUUGGGAAGUACUGGGAAUGCAAGUAUGUUUGAAAAGUCAGCGGUUGACUUAAGCCUUGCAGGUACCGGUACAGCCUGGUAUGUCCGGGAGCUUCCCAGCAGCACUUGCCUCUCAAGGACACUGCCCCUGUCUGUGUCCAUCGCCUACACUCAUCAACUCCAGGUUGUAAAGCACUUUACUAAACAACUUUGAAGUCCCUGGAUAGAUACAGGACACGUAAUGGGUGUGCCUCUGAGCUGGGUUCUAGGAGGAGUAAAUGUGAAUAACACAAUUGCCGCCUGCCAGGAAUGAACGUUCAUCUAGUGGAAGACACACCCCGCUGAGUACAGUAAACUGGCAGAUUCUCUGAAGGAAGUAAGUCCUAGAUUGACAAACAUCUGUUGCUUCCCCGGCUCUUAGAAUUUGCUUCUCUGUCUUAAA